UGCGGAGAUGUGGCCCCUGGUGUUGGUGCUGCUGCUGGGUUCGGCGCGCUGCGGUUCAGCUCAGCUAAUAUUUAAUAAAAUCAAGUCUGUAGAAUACACCGUUUGCAAUAAAACUGUUGUCAUCCCAUGUUUUGUUAGUAACAUAGAGGCGAAGAGUAUUAGUGAAUUGUACGUCAAGUGGAAAUUGAAAGGAGAAAACAUUUUCAUCUUCGAUGGAAAUCAAAACCAGUCCAGUCCCAGCAAAAACUUUACAACUGCAAGCAUCUCAUCAUCAGAUUUACUAAUGGGCAUUGCGUCUUUGAAGAUGGAUAAGCGUGAUGCCGUCGUAGGAAACUACACUUGUGAAGUAACAGAAUUAAGCAGAGAAGGUGAAACCAUCGUAGAACUAAAAUAUCGUAUUGUUUCAUGGUUUUCUCCAAAUGAAAAUAUCCUCACUGUUGUUUUCCCAGUUUUGGCUAUACUUCUGUUUUGGGGACAGUUUGGUAUUGUGACACUCCAAUAUAAAUCCAGUUUUACGAGGGAGAAAACUAUUUUUUUAUUAGUUGCUGGACUACUGCUCACCAUCAUUGUCAUUGUUGGAGCCAUUCUUUUCAUCCCAGGUGAAUAUUCAGCAAAGAAUGCUUGUGGACUUGGUCUAAUUGUAAUUCCUACAGCAAUAUUAAUAUUACUACAGUACUGUGUGUUUAUAAUAGGUAAGUAUUUGAUCCUCCUUCACGAUCAGCAUCCCCCAACAGAGUGUUUUACAGAGUGUGCCCCGGUGCAUGGCCCUCUUCUGAUUUCAGGUUUGGGUAUUACAGCUCUAGCAGAAUUACUUGGAUUAGUUUAUUUGAAAUGUUUUGCUUCUGAUCACAGGACUAUACAGCCUCCAAGGAAAGCUGUAGAGGAACCCCUUAAUGCAUUUAAAGAAUCAAAAGGAAUGAUGAAUGAUGAGUAACUGAAGUGAAGGGAUGGACUCUGAUUCUGAGAGUAGUAAGACGUGAAAGAAAUUCACCUGUGUUAAAGCACCAUGGCCUUGAUUCACUGUUUGGGAGAAGAAAACAAGAAAAGUAACUAGUCUCCAUCUAUGGGAGAAAGUAAAUUGUUGGCCUUUGAAUGAUUAUUACAGUUAAGUUUUUAUUUAAAGUGUUUUUAAUUUAGUUAAUAAAAGAAUUAUGAUCUGUGUUGUGUGCCCAAUUGAGGUCCAGUUUUUUGUUGUUGUUGUUAUUUUUAUUCAAUUAGGAGCAAAAGUAGAGUGUGCAACUUCCAAGAAUGAUGCCUUUCAGAUCUCGGGGCCUCUUGACUCCAGGUCACCAGUUUAAACUGGUUCCAGAUGAGAAUUACCUGGCACUAACCUGGUUACCCACAGAUACUUGAGAACAGUGGCUUCCAUCGAACCUUAGCAAAUUCAGGUUCACAGCCACUUUGACAGUUGUGAUGUUAGCAGAGUAGUGUGUCUGCCAUGUCUGGGUCAAGGGAACAACACAUUAAGUACAGAUAGGAAUUUGGUUGGAAACAUCGUGUAUGCUGCCUACGUGUGAUUUGUCAGUCAUGGGGUUCAUGGUCUUCAUUCCUGGGGGUUGCCACUCAACACAUUUUUCCUUCAACAUACAGUGUACCAGACCCUUUUCAGAUUUAGGGUAAUUUUAUUGGUGGAUAUGUUUUUUUUCUCCCCCUCACACAACCCUUUACAUCCUGUCUUGUCCUCCUGUUAUUUGCUUCUGCUGUACAAGAUGUAGCACUUUUUCUCCUCUUUGAACAUGGUCCAGUGACACGGUAGCAUCAUUGCAGAAAGGAGCCAGACUUAUUCUCAGAGAACUAUGUUCACACUUUUCGGCAAAAAUAGCGAUGGUUGUAACAUAUGUAUUCCCUUCCUUGGAUUUGAAGGCACAGUCUACAAUGUUUCUUCACUCCUUUUCUGAUCUGGGGCAUGAAAAACCGAGAUUGAGAUUUGGACUGUGAGUCUCCUGCAUGGCAACAUACUGUGUGUCACCGUCAGGCCAACAGGCCAGCCCUGAAGGAGGGCUUUAUUACUGUGUAUCUGUGUUGCAUGGUAAACACCCGUCAUACUCCUCCUGUAGUCCUGCCUCGUACUCACCUUACUCUAAGAUUGAAAAGUAAAUCAGAACCCCCACGUUUCCUACCCCCCGUUAGAAGAAGAUUAACACUCUGACAGUUGUGAUCGCCUGGAGUACUUUUAGAGUAUUAGCGCUUGUUUUCUUCCCUGUGGGUGUGUUUGUGUGUGCACAUGUGUAAGAUAGGCACGUGCAUCUUCUGUAUGGACAACGGCGGGGUGCCUACAGGAGAGCAAAUGUUAAUUUCAUGCUUUUAGUAAAAACCGUUCAAAACAUCUUUAUUGGGUGGACUUACAUUUGACGUGCAUAUUUGAUCACUUAAAACCUUAAAAAAUUCUAGGUAAUUUGUCAAGCAUUUGACUGCUCACCAAUGCCCUCUAAAAAUGCAAGUUAUUCUUCCUGUUGGUGUAAUAACAAUAAGACGUUCCUAUUUGUAGUUGCGUUAUUAAUGGUUAUUUCUUAGUCCACUGAAUGUUCCCGUGUACCUCUUUUAUGCCAAAUCAAUUGUCAUAUUUUAUGCUGGGACCAAGUGGUUUGCCCGUGGCAAACCGAAAUGUAUGACCUGCUGAUGCCUCUCAGAAAAGUAAACACACUAUGAAGACAGCUCUUCUUGAAAAGAGAAAGAAAAAACAGUUCCCUAAUUGUGUUGCUGUCCAGAACGUUACCAUAUGUAGAGGGAGCUGUACUCUUUAUACAAAUCUAAUGGCUCCUGCUGCUCUUUUUCCUUCUGAAAAUAUUUAUAUUUUACUAAUAUCAUUUGUUACUUUAGAAUCCAAUUUUGAUGAAAGGAGGAAAAAAAGCCAAUGGACUCGAAAAAGAUCCAGACUGCUAUUCUCUAUUGAGAAAACCGCCAGGUGUGAAAAUCUUUAUAGUAAACUUUUUUAUGAAUUAGACUUUUACCUUUUAAUAUGUAGUCAGCUCUCAUUUAUUUGGGGUUCAGCCUUGGAGCUAGCUUAUCCUUUGUGUUUCCUUUAAUGCUGCCUGCCUUUCGAGGCAUGCGCUGCCCUAGACAUCGCACAGAGGUUGCAGGAGAAACGCCAGGUGAUCUUACCCAUCAUCGGCUUCUGUGGAAAAGGGACCAUGGCAGCGGGAGCCCUGUUGCUUGGGCAUCGCUGGGCCAGUUUGUUCUCUUUAGAUUAGACUUACACUGGCCCCCAGUUUUCUGCCACACCAAAUUAAAGUUGCUAACAAUGUUUUGUGCAUCAAAUACUUUUCUCCCCAUAAUCUGCUUUUUUAGUCACUGGUCCCAAUUUUUGCCGCCGACUCUUUGUUCAUUUUUAUUUACUGUAUGUCCUCAGAGUGACACCGUUUGUCAUUUUGGCAACAAAUUUUUCCAACCUUUUCAGCCAAAUCAAAUUUCUCUCUCCUUCAAAACAUCCUCCCAGCCUUCCUCCCCCACUGGCUCUCCUUUGCAGUCUGCCCCCGUCUGUGUAGCUGCCUCCUUCAUCUCUUACCUUCCUUUCCUAGUUCUUCAUGUGUCUCUGUGUAGCUCUAUUGGAUUUUUGUCUCUUUCUCUCAUUCAAUUUAAAAAUUCCUUUUUUUCUUCUCUUCCUGCAGUGUUUUGCAUACAUUAGACACUCACUGCAUAAGUUUGAUGAUUGAGAGUAGGCUGUAUUUAGAUUUGCCACUAUUUUUAAUAGGGUGAGCUAGAGAGUUUUCUUUAUAGACAGAUUUCACAUGCUCUGAAAACGGUAAAAGGUAAUGAUUUUUUUAACCUGGAAACCCCAUAUCCAGCCUGUUUAAAUUUCUGUGAAUGUUAGAAUUACAUCAAUGGGACUAUCCUGUAGUUGGGAGUAUUGCUCUUUUCAGGAUGCUGUAGUCAGUUUAGUAAGUGACCGACCAAAUUGUAGUUUGAGUUAUAAUAAAGCUCAAAAAGUGGUACAUUUACUCUUCCUUCUCAUUAAUAAUAAUUGAGCUCUUUGUUACCUGGAUUUCGCUCGCCCUAACAUGAGUAUUCAAAAACAGACAUCUGUGGUGUAUGUGUAGAACUACACACCCUUUUUUCACCUGUUGUUGGAAAGUAGAGAAAAGAUUGUUGGGCAACCCUUUAUCGUUUUAUCAUGUUUUAUUUGAUGGAGAGUUUGUUUAGAAACCUUCGUUUUACAUGUGUCAUGUUUCCAAAAUCACUAACUGCCGUCACCCACUGGGGUCCUUUGUUAAGUCAUUUUCUGUAGCUAAUGGGGAUAAUCCAGGUGACUUAGGAGAUGAGCAGUGAACAGGAAGUUUUCCUGCCUUUGGCUUUUGACAGCUCUUACUUAACAUGCACAGCCAGUUUCCCCAUCAAUUUAGCUUUUUGAAAACAAGAGAGCAGUCGUAAUAAGCUUCUCUGUAAGGCAACAUCAGUGGAAACUUUAAAGUGUUAUCAGAGUUGGUGAGACAAGGAAGCAUUUUUGUUUUUAUUAAGCAGAGCAUUAUUUACUAAAAGCCAUCAUUGAGAAUUAGAUCACACACCGUAUAAAUACCCAUUAACCAUUCUAAAGAAAGAAAACUCCAGUGUUGCUAUGUGCAGGAUCCUCUCUUGGGGGCUUUUUUCCAUAGCAAUUAAAGGUGUGCUAUUUGUCAGUAGCCAUUUUUUGCAGUGAUUUAAAGACCAAAGUUGUUUUACAGCUGUGUUACCGUUAAAGGUUUUUUUAUAUGUAUUAAAUCAAUUUAUCACUGUUUGAAGCUUUGAAUAUCUGCAAUCUUUGCCAAGAUACUUUUUUUAUUUAAAAAACAUAACUUUGUAAAUAUUUCCCUGUAAUAUUAUAUAUACUUAAUAAAACAUUUUAAGCUC